GGGGGAGACUACUUGGGGAAGGCUGCGGUAAGGUGUCUGCUUUCCAGCCCGUGCUGCUUCACUCUGUGUGAGGGCAGUGGUGCAGCCGCUGCUGUGGGGGCUGCAUGUGAGGGGCUGUGUGCAGUAGCAGGGAAAUGCAUCCAGUCCGUCUGCUUCACUUGAAGUGUUGGUUUCUGCCUCUUUCCUCCAUUCUCUUUUGUUUUAUGAAGGAGUGAAAUCAGUAUACUUAAAACUUUUUCCAUUGCUUGCAGUUACCUUACUUCACAGAUGUUGCCCAGGCUUGUACAGAAGAAAUACAUCAGUUUGGCUUUUUUGUAUUUAUGGCUAAAAGACUUGUCUCAUGAGUGAUUUAUUUGAGUUGUUAUAUCACUUUUUGCAAAAAGAGAGUUCUUCAUUUAUUUUCUUAUUCUCCUGCCUCUCUCCUGUGGACCAAAGCAAAGCCACAAGCUUUAAUUAAGUACAUUUAGUGAGAGGUUAAAAAUCACUUCACAGUCCUCUAACAGCGCUGUGUUUUUUGUGAUGGUUUCCGUGGCAGCUUGACAGCGCUGACUGGUUUGGUUUAACACCAAGAUUUAUUGACCUGGAAAUUAAUUACUCUUUUAGAGCUCUGAUUGCACCUCUCUGUUCUGUAACAGGCAUGCACAUAUUUUUUUCAGAAUAAAGCUUGCUUGGCAUAGCAGCUAUCUUUUUUUUUUUUUUUCCCCUGUGAAGGUGGCUUGAGGUUGUUGAAUGUGGUUUUUAAACUUGGCUGCUGUAGAUCUGUGAUUAGGAGACACUGCAUCAGUGCUCGGAAUCCAUAUAUCAACCAUGCCUGCUUUUCUUUCUGUCUGUACGCUGGCCAGCUUUCCAGAAACAUGUCUGGCCUUAAGAGAAAGUAAAAAAAUUAGUGUAAGAGGAUGAGCAAUACAUUUGGCAGUAAGAGGGUUUUCUUCUAAAGGAAAACGUUGGUGGGAAAAUAACUGCAUGAAACUUGCACUAGCUUUCACAGGAAAGUAUUAGGACUGUAGAAGAAUGGUUUGGUGUUUUCCUUACUAUAAACCUCAUUGCUUGACAUUAAUUGUUGUUUCACAGCUCAUUAAGUUGAAGCAUGGCCUAAGAUAGGUAUCACACUGCAUAUUUCUUCAGAGGGACACUCAGACAGCUCAUCCCAGUAUAUGAUCGUUCAUUUAACAUACAUCCCACACAUUUACUUCUUCAUACGGCUGUGAUGUUUAGUUUGUGUUAAGAAAGAAUGUCAGAAAGCUGAGAACCUGGGGAAAGAUGUUGAAAAGAUAAUUGGUGCAAGUGGGAAGAGCAGGAUGACAGAACCAGGGUUGUUUGUAGAUGGCUCUGCCAUCUAAGGAAUACUCAGACUAUUUGAAUCAAAAAAAAUGGUGAAGUCUGUCUGAGAUAUUUCUGAUGAAGGGAGAAGAAUGUGUGGGAUUGGACUCCUUCAGAGCAUGCAUUUCUACCUGUGUUCGAUGUGGCAACAGGUUCUGAGAAAGCUCUUCUUGUCCGUAUGGGAGGAUUGGAACCAAGCACUUAUGUCGGAGUCAUCAGAGUUGGUUGUUGGAGUAACGCGAAAGAAAAACGUUGGUGUGAGGAAGUGUUGGACUGAAAGAGGAGGCACUGGUACUUUGCUGAAGACAGUUGUUAAGUACUCUGUAUGAAACCGGUGAAUAUUUUGCAACUUCUUGUUUAAGAGGUCUGUAUUUCGUAUACUGAUUAAUGAGAUGGUCCUGAAUGCAGCUGUGCUCGAAAGCCUGCGUUCUCAUGUGAGUGGUGAAAGGGGGCAGGGAAAAUGAAACAGGUGUUCUUAGAAGCAAGUCAGGAGGGGACCUAGUAUGCAAUUCAGAUGGUUCAGCUGUGUUCUUGAAGUGGUAACUUUGCUGUGCUUUAGUCUGUGAACAUGUAGGAAUGUCUUCCAGUAUGAAAAAAACAAAAUGGAUGACAGUAAAACUACUGCUCGGUCUUCAUUGCCUAUGUGGGACUCUGUUAGAAAUUGUUGGGAGUUUUUGGUAACUUGGCUGUCAGUUUGCUUUGUUUCAUUAGUAGCAGCUAAUAGCCCCCCAUCACUCCCAGUCUGAUGCUGUCUAAUAGUGAAUGUACUGCUCAGUAAGUCAACAGCAACGUGCAGCAUUCUAGUCAGUAUUAUAAUAUCAUGCUGCAACAGGUUUUAGUUAUUAAAAAGCAUACAGAUAAAUGGAGUAAAAUUACUUGUGUUAAAAAAUGACUAAAAUGCCCUGAUUCAUGUGAAAGGGGAGUGCUGAGCAGAAGGAUGCCCGAGUUGAGGCUGUGUUACCUUGAGGUUGCAGGCGGACAGUGGGUGUGUGGAUUUGCUGCGGGUUGCAUAACAGCACAGGCAUGGCCAGCUCUGCUUGAAAAAAGCAGCCGAGUAAACAAAAAUUGAUAGGAAGCAUUGUUAAUAUUGAGGAAUGGUACGCUUGAUUUACAUUUCCAAAUGUGAUACGUUAAACUAUGUUGCUGUUCUGUAUACAGCUUAUGGUAGCUCUCUGGUGAGGUUUGUGCAGUACUAGUGAAAAGCAUAAGCACAAAGCGGUGUUUGUAAUGCUUGGUAACUUCCAGUACCACUUGGUUUGAUGCAUUUGUGACAGGAUCUGGGCUGCCUUAAUGUCCUGAUGGUGUAUAUGCAGCAUAAGAGCUACUGCAGUGGUAUCAACAAAGUACCGGUGAUUUAGUUCUCUGGCAGGGAGGUCUUCUAAGCUGUGGUAGAACAGCUGUGUGCAGGAACCCAGCUGCAGUUUUGUAAUUAGUCCUGCUGAGCAAGCACAGGGCCACGGAUUUGCCUCCCAGCUGCUGUUCUGUGGGGUCUGAGCCCACCGAUCUGUUAUGCAGCAGUGUGGUGGUGUGUGAGCAACAAGAGAGAGACACGAGGUACCUGCACAGCCCUCUUCUGUGGAGGACAGCCGAAGAGAAGCAGAGUUGGGCUGUACUCGGCAGACUUAUUUUCUUCCUACAGCAGGAUCACAGGGAAUGCUUUUGUUUGUUUUGUGUUUGGUUGUGGUUUUUGUUUUCCUCCCAAGGACGGUAUCAGUAGGAGAUUUGGACGUCUUUUGUGUGAGUUCAAAUGAAAACUUCUGCUCUUCAGGGAAACAUCCUUGUGUAGAGCAGCACUACAGGCCUGUAUGUCACGAUUUUUUCCCUUCCAGGUAUUAGGAUGUUGAGAUGUCCUUAGAGGAGCUGAUGGCAUUCUGUAAUAGCUCCCUUCAUUCUGAAUAAGAAGAACAGCACUCAGUCUCCUUGUUUACACCGAUGUGUGUGCUUUGCUAACUUAAUCAUUUCAAAUAAUUAAUCUAGUGCAGGUCCUUGGGUCUGGGGGUCUGUUUUGGUUUAGGAGUUGCCGGGUUUUUGGGUACUGAAAGUACUUUUGAACUAUUCCAAUGACUGAGAGUCCCAGCCUCUGGAAUCACUUUGAUUUCUGGAUUUGAUUUUUUUUCCCCUCUUUUCUUAGCUGCUGAUGGCUGUGCACUCUUCUGAUAAAAUGAAUGGCUGUUAGUCAUUGUAUACUUGGAAAGGAAAUGUAUAUUUGCUCAACGAGAGUUCCCCCAGUUCAGACUGCCCAGCUGAAGCCUUCUGUGCUGUCACCGAUGGGUAACAGUGAGAAGAGUGUUGGAACAGCCCAGGGGCUGCUUCAGUUUGAGCAUCAGAAUCAUUGACGUUGGAAAAGACCAAACUAGGGGGAGGACUGUGAGCCAGCAGAUUAAAGCUGCAGAAGGAUAGAUCUGACAAAACAGCUCUGUCAAAGCGGAGUGAUCUCUUCAGCAAAGCACAGGGUUUUGACCCACCGCAUCAAAGCGAUACACGAACUAUUUAUAUAGCAAAUCGUUUUCCCCAGCAUGGCCAUUAUAUUCCUCAGAAGUUUGCAGACAACAGAAUCAUAUCAUCCAAGUAUACGGUGUGGAAUUUUGUUCCAAAAAACUUAUUUGAACAGUUCAGAAGAAUAGCCAACUUUUAUUUUCUGAUAAUAUUUUUGGUUCAGCUCAUGAUAGAUACCCCUACCAGUCCUAUUACCAGUGGAUUGCCAUUGUUCUUUGUCAUAACUGUGACAGCCAUAAAGCAGGGUUAUGAAGACUGGCUACGACACAAAGCAGACAAUGAAGUAAACGGUGCUCCAGUUUAUGUUGUUCGAAGUGGUGGCCUUGUGAAAACUAGAUCUAAAAACAUUCGGGUGGGAGACAUUGUCAGAGUAGCCAAAGAUGAGACUUUUCCUGUUGAUCUGGUGCUUUUAUCUUCUGAUCGAGUGGACGGUUCAUGCCAUGUUACUACCGCAAGUUUGGAUGGUGAAACUAAUCUUAAGACUCAUGUUGCGGUCCCAGAAACAGCAGUGUUACAGUCUGUUGCCAACCUGGACAAACUUGUAGCUGUCAUAGAAUGUCAGCAGCCAGAGGCAGAUCUAUACAGAUUUGUUGGAAGAAUAACUAUAAGCCAACAAAUGGAGGAAAUAGUACGACCUCUGGGGCCUGAAAGUCUCUUACUUCGUGGAGCAAGAUUAAAAAACACUAAAGAAAUAUUUGGUGUUGCAGUGUAUACAGGUAUGGAGACAAAGAUGGCAUUAAAUUACAAGAGUAAAUCUCAGAAACGGUCAGCAGUAGAAAAGUCUAUGAAUUCCUUUUUGAUUAUUUACCUAAUUAUCCUCCUCUUUGAAGCCAUUUUGAGUACUAUUUUAAAAUAUGCCUGGCAAGCUGAAGAAAAAUGGGAUGAACCUUGGUAUAAUGGAAAAACAGAACACGAAAGGAACAGCAGUAAGAUUCUGAGAUUUAUUUCAGAUUUCCUUGCUUUUCUGGUACUUUACAAUUUUAUUAUACCCAUUUCACUUUAUGUAACUGUUGAGAUGCAGAAAUUUCUUGGAUCUUUUUUUAUUGGCUGGGAUCUUGACCUCUAUCAUGAAGAGACAAAUCAGAGAGCGCAAGUAAAUACUUCAGACCUCAAUGAGGAACUGGGACAGGUAGAGUAUGUGUUUACAGACAAAACCGGUACAUUAACUGAAAAUGAGAUGCAGUUUCGGGAGUGCUCCAUUAAUGGCAUAAAGUACCAGGAGGUCAAUGGUAAACUGACUCCAGAGGGGUUUUCUGAAGAUUCUCCAGAUGGAAAUAGGCAUACUUUGAUGAAAGAGGAAGAACUCUUCUUGAAAGCAGUUUGUCUUUGUCACACAGUACAGAUCAGUGCAGAUCAAACAGAUGGCGCUGAUGGGCCCUGGCAUGCCAAUGGAAUAGCAUCCCCAUUGGAGUAUUAUGCUUCUUCACCAGAUGAGAAGGCUUUAGUCGAAGCUGCAAGCCGGGUUGGAGUAGUAUUUAUGGGAACGAGUGGGGACAGUAUGGAAGUAAAGAGUCUUGGAAAACCAGAAAGGUACAAGUUGCUUCAUGUUUUGGAGUUUGAUCCAAAUCGCAGACGAAUGAGCGUCAUUGUAGAGAGUCCCUCAGGGGAAAAGCUUUUAUUCACAAAGGGAGCGGAAUCUUCCAUUCUUCCUCGUAGUAAGAGUGGAGAAAUAGACAAAACAAGGAUACACGUUGAUGAAUUUGCUUUGAAAGGACUGAGAACUUUGUGCGUGGCAUACAGAAGGUUCACACCGGAGGAAUACCAAGAAAUUGGCAAACGCCUUCAUGAGGCCAGGACUGCCUUACAACAACGGGAAGAAAAAUUAGCAGAUGUAUUCAACUUCAUAGAAAGAGAUCUGGAAUUGCUUGGGGCUACUGGAGUAGAAGACAAGCUGCAGGAGAAAGUUCAAGAAACUAUAGAAGCACUCAGAUUGGCUGGUAUCAAAGUGUGGGUUCUGACUGGAGAUAAGCAUGAAACGGCUGUUAGUGUCAGUUUGUCAUGUGGGCACUUUCAUAGAACCAUGAACAUCCUUGAACUCGUUCAGCACAAAUCAGACAGUACAUGCGCAGAGCAACUGAGGCAGCUAGCCAAGAGAAUAAAAGAAGACCAUGUUAUCCAGCAUGGACUGGUAGUGGAUGGGACCAGCCUCUCUCUUGCACUCAGGGAACAUGAAAAACUGUUCAUGGAAGUUUGUAAAAACUGUUCUGCAGUGUUGUGUUGUCGUAUGGCACCACUUCAGAAAGCAAAGGUAGUGAGACUGUUAAAAACAUCUCCAGAAAAACCUAUAACAUUAGCAAUUGGUGAUGGUGCUAAUGAUGUGAGCAUGAUACAAGAAGCACAUGUUGGCAUAGGAAUCAUGGGCAAGGAAGGAAGACAAGCUGUAAGAAAUAGUGACUAUGCAAUAGCACGAUUUAAAUUCCUCUCCAAGUUGCUUUUUGUUCACGGGCACUUUUACUAUAUUAGAAUAGCAACCCUUGUACAGUACUUUUUUUAUAAGAAUGUGUGCUUUAUUACACCACAAUUUUUAUAUCAGUUCUUCUGUUUGUUUUCACAACAGACACUCUACGACAGUGUAUACCUGACUUUGUAUAAUAUUUGUUUCACUUCCUUGCCUGUCCUCAUCUACAGUCUUUUUGAACAGCAUGUGCAUCCGCAUGUUCUGCAGAGUAAACCUGUGCUCUAUCGAGACAUCAGUAAAAAUGCUCAUCUUGGGUAUAAACCAUUUCUUUAUUGGACCAUCUUGGGCUUCUUGCAUGCAUUUGUUUUCUUUUAUGGUUCGUAUCUUCUAAUGGGAGAAGACACUUCAUUGCUGGGAAAUGGCCAGAUAUUGAAACCUAACAGGCAAAUGAUGUUUGGAAACUGGACAUUUGGUACUUUGGUCUUCACCGUUAUGGUUAUAACCGUUACGAUGAAGAUGGCGCUAGAAACUCACUUCUGGACAUGGAUAAACCAUUUUGUUACUUGGGGUUCCAUUGUGUUUUAUUUCAUAUUCUCCUUAUUUUAUGGGGGAAUUAUCUGGCCAUUUUUACAUACCCAGGAUAUGUACUUUGUAUUUGUUCAACUGUUGUCAAGUGGUUCUGCUUGGUUUGCCAUAAUACUCAUAGUAGUUGCUUGUCUGUUUCUUGAUGUUGUGAAGAAAGUGCUGUACAGGCAUCUACAACCAACAAGUACUGAAAAAGCUCAGCUUACUGAGACAGGUUCAGGUAUCAACUGCAUGGACUCCAUGUGCUGCUUCUCAGAUGGGGAAACAGCAUGCACAUCUGUUAGAAGAAUGCUGGAACGACUAAUGGGAAGAUGUAGUCCAACCCGGGUCAACAGGUGUGGAAUUUCUCUCAAUAGCCUUUGCUGCAGACGAUUCUCCUAUAAACUGGAACCUGAUGAGCCUGCAGCUAUAGAUGCGUAGCAAACUGGCUGCAGGUUUUCUUUAAGUAGGAAGUGCAACAUUUUAUUGUACUUUAUUCAUCCUAAAAGAUAAGUUUCUUGCUUCUCUUUGAGUGUUUUCUUUUGGGAUCGGGAGGGGGAAAGAUGGUUCUCAAAGAUUUCUGUUUAACUGUUUAGUUUGACUUUAGUACAAGUUCUUGAGUUGUAUCUGUCUUAAUUUCUCUUGAUUUUUGUACGUUCUUCUCCUUAGAUAAUCAAGCCUUGCUGCUGCUUUUAUUCUCCUGUUUUAUGAUUUUUUUUUUUUUGCCUUCACGAAUCAGGAGUUGUUUGUAAAGUCAAAAGACUUUCCCCCGUGGUUCUUGAUGUACAACCUCCAAAUAUUUACCUUGGAGCUUGCAUUACUCCUGAAGAUAUACUAAAGGCUCGCACCCCCUUCCUUAAGUAUGACUUUAUUGUUAUAAGGAAAGUCUUUAAAUCUUUCAGCCAUUGAUUGAUACGGAGAUUAAAUAUUUUUGUAGUAUAACUUUUAUAUUCUAUUUCUAAAAUUGGUAAUUGACGGAACAGAGCCGUCAGGUUCUAAGAAUUUUAAAUGUUUUCUUUUCAGUUCCAGAAGGUAUAUUGUCAUAUGUGCCAUUCCAAAGUGUGUGCUAAACAACUCUUUUCCUUCACGAGCCACGUGUGAAACAAACACCUCAGUGGGAUAGAAGCAUUUUAGAGUAAUCAGAUACUUUUGAGGAACGAUACUGCUCUUGCAGUGAGCAAAACUCUGGGGAAAAAAGCUCUUACUAAACCUGCUUAUGUGCCAUCUCCCCACUUCAAAAUAGAGAGGGCUGUCUAAUAAAUACGGAAAUAUUUGGGGGUAGAAAUAAUUAUAGCCUCUUGUACAUCGUAGUCUCUCAAUGCCUGAAUGAUAUCAUGGUCCUUCAUUGAUGAAAAGGUAAACCUGAAAGCUGCGCUUCAUGUGUUUUCAAGGAAACUUCUUUUGUGCUCGACUGUCACUUUUAGUUAAAGGUCGUGAUAUCAUUCAUUAGUAUGAAAUCUCGUGUGGGCAGUUUUCACCGACAAGCUCUGUCAGUUCUGAUUUUGGUACUGUUACACAGUACGACCCUGUUUUGAACUCCUGUGUUGAGUGCUGUGUCUGUGAUUUCAGUUGGUUUCUCACCUGACUUGCUCAUGAAAUUUAUUCAACAUCCACAUCCAGGGAAUGAUUAUGCAACGUUUCAUUCCAUAUGAAAAAUGAACUGUUACGAAUAAGUACACUUUUAAUUAAAAUGUGCUGUAUAGAAGGCGAGCAUGAUGUAUAAAAUAAACAAUUUAAUAGAAUUUUUAAUCUACAAGAUGAGCAUUUAAUUGAUCUAAAAAUCAACAUUUUAAUGGUAAUUGCUCUAAGCUCUUGGUUUGUUUGGGUUUGUUUUUCUUUUUUCCAUUUCUUUGUAAAACUGUGCUUUCCAAAUGAGGAACUUCUCGUGCUGCUAUUUGAAAUCCAUUGUUAUCUAAUCAGAAGCAGUUUUUUUGGUUAACGUUUCCUUUUAAAGAACUUGUGUAGUUCCACAAGGUAGGUAUUCUGUUUUAUUUCUGCAAUGCAUUUACACCUUUACAGUUUUUCUCUUUUUCCACUCAGUAUAUACUGAUUUUCUUUAAGAACUUGCUUAAAACUAUCUAUUGAAUAUAAAUCAUAUUUGACAGAAUAUUGAUCAGUUUUUGAAGUCAGCUUUUUCUCAGGUUUCUUGUCUGCUUACCUCAUCAUUUGCAAAUGAAGUUCCAGUUAGCUCAGUAAUUUUAGAAUGUUUAGUGUUCAUGCAGGACUGUCCUGGUGCUGCACUGAGGGCCUGAAGCUCUGUAGCUUUUGCUUCUUCUGCCUAUGGUUGAAAUUGCUCAGAACUACUUUCUAGUUGCCCUUAAUUUUCUGAACAGAACUAGAAAGAAUGCUCCUUAAAAUUUUAUUCUCGCUUUCUUCGGUGACUUCAGUUCCAUCCAUACUACAUUAUUACUUAAAAGCUAGUCUAACAGUCAGCUCAGUAGUCUGAACUAAUAAAAGUCAAGGCUGUUUGCGUUCUUCCCUUACACUUGCCUUACAGUAAGUAAGUGUUUAAUUCUGCUAUAAUCACAUUCAACAGUUACAUAUUGAAAAGUGCUGAAGGUGUGCUUAGCAAAGCAGUUUGGUGAUUCAGAAGUGUUUGUAAAACUUAGUGCUGGGCCACUUUCAUUGCACAUAGGAGCUGAUGUUUUCAGAGGAUGGUGUGAUCCCAAACAGGGCAGUCUUCUACAUACAUGUGCUUCAAAAAACAGCUCCAUAUUCAGCCAGGAGGUGGCUGCAGAUUGGCUGUAAGUGUGCUGUGGAAUGAAGAGCAGUGUUUAAAAUUGUGUUGAUUUAAUAGGUUGUGUUGUAUUUUAUGCUCAUUAUAAUUUGUCAGGUAUUAUAUUCUGUCAAGUAUGAUAACAUAAAAUCAAAUAUGGUAUCAGAUUUUCGUAGAAACUUUGAAUCAAAGUUGUACAAAUGCUUGGAGUAGAGGGCUACAGGAAUAUAGUACUUACUGCUUGUGAAAUGAAUUCAAGAACUAUUUUCUAUAGAGUUUCAUUCACCGGUUAGAAUAUAAAAUGUGUGCCAUGGUAUGAUUGAUAGAAUGCAUUUUUGUCUGUCUGUACCAUUAAAUUGUCUGUCAGUUUGUCAGUCACUAAAACAUUAGGAAUUCUGGAUCACAUCACAUUCCUGUACAGUGGGAUUCAUUAUGAGUUGUUGGCUCUCCCAUGAGUGGUACUUGUGGCAAAGCACUGCAUGUAAAAGUUCUGAAGAAACAGCAGAUUUCUGACAGAGACAUUUGGAGGAUAAAUUUGUUAUAUUUGGAUUCCCUGUCUUUCAAUCUUUUAAUUUUCAGCUUUUCACAUACAGUCCUAUAAUGCUGUUCAGCGGAGAACCGUGGUUGCUCUGCAGUAGUAGAAGUAGUAAUCUGUCCUUAAGAUGCUGGGAAAUCAUAUCUGAAUCAGAAGUCGCGUUAGCUUUUUGAUGCCUUAAAGUUUAACUUAAAUUUAACAUUAAGAGUUGAAAUAACCUUAUGGCUGUAGAUAAGGUUUUGCCCACCUGUAACUUUAGGCAGCAUUUCAGAUCAGAACACCCAUCAGCUGGCAUACUGUGGCUAGCCGUGCGUACCGCAAGGCUGUGCCUGAACGUCCUCAGGCAGUUGAACUGCAGUGUUCUCAGUGCCUCAGUGUAGGCGUGCAGCAUUUGUUUUCUUUGCUUGAGGCCCAGUACUAAAAAUCUAACCGUAAAGCUGGCCUAGAGGCCUCUGGUCAUUUCAGCUCAAAGCAGUGAAAAUAUCUGAUUAACUUUACAUUUCUAGCAAAUGUGGCAUUGUUAAUUACAUAGUUGGGUUUACUGAUAGCACUAUACUUUCAAAGGUUAAAAUGAAUUGCAGGUGUUUACGUGAAACUAAUAGAUAAGUCUUUUAAAGGGUUACGUGAGCCUAAUCUCCUAACACUUUUAUUUUUGCUUUCAUAGACUUUUCUCCUCGCCUCUAGCUAUAAGUUCCCAGUCAGCCAAACUUUUCUUUUAUUGUUACUUUAGAUCAUGGAGUUCAACGGAUCCCUUCUAUGCCAACGACAGAAGCAUCUUGACUCUCUCCACAAUGGACUCAUCCACUUGUUAACAGGGACAUUUGUAAAUACCUUGUGGAAGCCAAGUGCUGCUCAUGUACCUAUAGUAGGUUCUGAAGUGAGUUCAGUGCUACAUCCCUGCCCUAGACAGGACUGGUGGGACUUAAAGGCAAACUGGUUGUCCUGUAGCCAAGCAUAACAGACAUCAGGACUGUAUUUGCUUCCAAUACUUUUUCUAAUGAUAUCCACGAGCUGCUAAGUAAUUUUUUUUUUUUUUUUUUUGGUAAGAAAUGCUUUUACCUCUCACCAUUAAAUCUUUUUUGUUACCGUAUGAGCAGAUUGGAACCUUGUGUUUGAUAUUUGAGAUGCUGGUAUAGCACAGUGCAAAAUCUUUCUCCCCCCAAAUCCAAACAAUCAAAUAGAAUUUGCACAACGAAACGUAAGUGGAGAGUAAUGAAAUUAGAUUGUCCUUUACUCCACACACACUCAGUUUGGACUGUCUUUUACAGCUGCUACUUUGGCAGUUUGCAGAUCAGUCUUAUUGUUUCCACAGAUGGUUUCUGUAUUGUUUAAGUACUCAGUAACUUUUUAGAGAUAAAUAUAAUUCAAAUAUUUAUGCUGUUGUAUGAAUGGCCAUUUAGUAGCCAUCACUUUGAGAAACAGUGUACGUAUCGGUCAUUUGGAGUCACGAGGAUUUAACAGGUUGCUGUUUUCUUGAAGUGUGAUUCAAAGCCACUCAUCUCUCACACCGGUUUGUUAACUGUUCACAAACCUGAUGUGGGAAAAUGGGAAAGAAACUGUGGCUCGUGCAGGUACCUCACUGACAUACGUUUUUGAAUGAGGAAUCCUUUUCAUGUUGGUGAAUCCUUGCAUGUUUUGUUCUUUUUCAUGUAUUUAUAUUUGGCCAUGUUGUAUGUUGAAGAUGUGGUUAAUGCUUAAUUAUCUUCAUAUAGCUGAAGGAUCUGAGAUAUUGGUGGCAGGGUUUUGAUACCAAAGUAUGCCAAUAAAAGCAGAUUGCAUCGAUGCAACUUGGAAUGGUA